AUAGCUUCUGUGUAUCAAACUUGUUACUUGUCAAAGAGUCUCUGGCGGCUAGUGACUACUGAGUAGUGAUAUCUAUUGACAUUUCAACUACACAUAAACAACGGGCUCCGUUGUGUUUGGGAAAAUUACCCAUGUUCUGAAAAUUGGGACAAAUCGGCCGGUCAGACCGGAAAAAAUCGGACCCAAACUGAUCUUCAUAUCGGCCGGUCAGACCGGAAAAAACCGUACAAACUGGCGCCUAAUCUUUUGGAAUUUUAUUCACCUAAUAAUUAUAAAAAAGGAUAAUGUCUAUUUUUUAUCCAAAUUUUCUUCAGAUUUUUUAUAUUAUCCAAACCGAAAUACUAAGAAUUAGCCAAAUGUUAACUUUCAGUUAGCAAUUUCGUUAGUAAUAUUGAUUUGACAACAAUGAUACUGACUUGGAAGAGACACACGAAGAUUAACAUUCUAAAAUUUUAGAAUUUUAACUAAGAAAAGAGUUACAAAAUUAUUAACGAUAACGUACAAAUGAUUAAUAAAUUAAUAGAAUUAUGAAAGAUUUGGCUAAUUAAUAGAAUUUGAUAAGAUUUGGAUAUAAAAUAGACAUUGCCCUUUUUUAUUUCAUGUUAUUGUGAUUGUAUCUCUGUUGUCACAAUUAUGCAGCAAUCACCACAACAAUAAAACCUACAAUUUGUUGAGGCUCAACAAUAGAUCAUAGCGCGAACAGUGAAGUCCUGAGCGUGUAUAUCGAUACUCAUGCCCGCCUAGUGGCAGGUCGGAUCCAAGUCGAUUAAUUUACCACAGAGCACGGGUUAGGGCAGGUCGACACACAUUUGAAAGAAAAACGUUAGAAAUACUAUUUUUUCAUUAAAAACCAAGAGACAAACUAAAAUAGGAUAAAUGUAGUUAAACUUAUUCGCAAAACGGAGUUUCUCACCUAUUUACAACUUCAUUACAACUAAAAAAUGAUGUAAUUAAAGUAAAAUCGUAAAUAAUUUGAGUAUAGGUCAGGUCAAGAAAAGUACCCCACGCCCGCCCCACCUCUAAACAUGUUAAACAGGUCCAAUAAAAACGAGUCAGAUCAUAAAUUGCCAUCCCUAGUACACUAGUUUAUCAUGCAGUCAAUUUCAAAGGUUGUUUGCUGCUCUUAAUGAACUCAUGCACGCACGGAAAGGCCACUACCAUGCCGUUGCUUUGAUUAAUUGUUUAAGAAAAGGCUAGAACUCAAAAGACUAAAAUAACUAACUGGCAAUCUCUGUAUGAACCGAGUAGCAAGUACCAUUAAUAUUCCUUAAUAAUAAAUACCCCCAAAUAACAAAGGUAUUAAAGAGAAAAAAGAACUUAUUAGUAAAAACAAGACCACUAAGUGGGAAAGGACAACUCGAUUAUAUAGUAAGUGGUUUGAUUACACAAAGGGAAAGUGGAUUUAUGACCACUAUUUACACCAUUAGCUAAAGUCAUAAUAACUAGGCACUUUUUUCUUGUUCUGUCAAACCCCAACUAAAUAAAUAAAUAAAUACACAUACCUUCCCCAGCCCCCAAUUUACAAUUCUUCUCUGUUCUCCAAACAAGAGAUUAAGAAUCUCGCUUUCUCAUCAUCUCCCAAGCAAUCAAUUCAGCUGCUGCCUGCUGGUUUCUCUCCAUCCUCCCUUUCCUCUCCACAAUCGAUCGCCGCCGCCAUGGCUCAGCAGAAACUGGUGCUGAAGGUGUUGACGAUGACCGACGAGAAGACGAAGCAGAAGGCGAUCGAGGCCGCCGCUGAUAUCUUCGGGGUGGAUUCGAUAGCGGCGGAUACGAAGGAGCAGAAGCUGACGGUGAUCGGUUUGAUGGACACGGUGGCGGUGGUGAAGAAGCUGAAGAAAGUGGGGAAAGUGGACAUCGUCUCCGUCGGUCCCGCCAAGGAAGAGAAGAAGGAAGAAAAGAAGGACGGUGGCGGCGGCGAGCCCAAGAAGGACGACAAAAAAGAUGACAAGAAAUAAUACUAAUUUUUAUUUUUACGAAGAAAAUCCCCGAUGUCCCCGGUGAUUAUUAUUCUUAUGAGACAGUUAAUAAGGUGUCUGUGUUUCCGGCGAUGAAAAUUUCUGGGCCGGUCGUCGAUUUUGUGGAGAGAAAUUAAAGUGCGGCGGCGAUGAUACCAUUGACUUUACUUUUCCUGCCUGCGUUAUCUCUGUUCUCCUUUUCCGUUUGGUGAGCGGAUUGGGAAAGUUGCAUUGUACUCGUGAGAUUCUAACUCUUGAGAUUAGUCAAGGGGGAAUUUUUCAGCUUCUGCAAAAUCCGGUCUUGUGGGGGAAUUCUCGUUGAAUUGAUCGCAGAAAAUCAAAUCCAGCGAUGUGAUUUCCAAGACGGGAGGAUGGCUUGGGCCAAAGCAAUCGGGGUUUUGAUUUUGGUGGCUAUCAUGUUGUCAAGUCAAUAUUACUAACAAAAUUAUUAAUAAAAAGUUAACAUUUGGCUAAUUCUCAGUAUUUCGAUAGGUUUGGAUAAUAUAAAAGAAUCUGAAAAAAGAUUUGGAUAAAAAAUAGACAUUAUUCAAAUAAAAAAACAAAAACUUGUAUAGUUAAUGAUUUCGAAAAAUCAUUAAAGUUGACGGCAAACAUAAAUGGGUUUAGUUAAUUUUUUAGACCUCGUUUAAGAUCAUUUUUUAGACUAACACAAAAGUAGGAAAGUAAUGGAAGGAAUGAUAUGACAUGUCGAGUUUUUAAAAAAUUUGAAAGAGAAAAAGAUAUGAAAAUAAAUGGCGAUAAGGUUUCGGGGAUAAGGAUAAGAAAUGAAGAGGGUAAAAUAUAUUGAAAGUAGAGGUGACAAAUUGAUUGGAUCCAUGGAUGUUAGAAACACAUUUAUUGCUAAUUUUUGUCAUUUGAGAUUAUUUAUCGAUUUGAGAAGUUUUGAUCUUGUUUGGGGAAUAAUUAGGGAGUAGUUUGUCGUGUCGUAUUAGUGGGUAUGAAAUAGUUAUUAAUAGAACUAUAUAAUCCGUAAUUAGUGAGAUUUACUAAUUAAGCAAUUACAGAAUCAAAUUAUCAAACCCUAAUAUCCUUCUCUCUCUUUCCCCAUUCUCCCUAUGCCCUCCUAUCUUCUCCCAUAGCUGGCCAGCGACUAUCUCUCUUCCUGUCCUUGUUCUUCAAAAUUUCCUCUAUUCUAAAUUAAUAGCUAGAUCAAUCCCUAAUUGAUUUAACUAAUUUUUCCAAUCCUACACGAAUCCGAAAACUCAUUGAUCUCGGUUUCCAACAAUGGAUUGGUGGUUUGGAUUGAUAUACCCAUGGAUAAAGUAGAUUGGAUCAAAUGAAUUAGUGGAUUCGUGGACCCAAAUGACAUCCAAGUCUUGGACCAAAUAUGUAAAUUUUGGAAAUUUUAGUUUCUAAAAUAUCAUAAUUAAAAUUCCAGGUACCAAAACAUAAUUUUUCGAUGAUAUUUUUUCUAAAAAAAAUUAAUUUUAGGUACCAAAUUGUAAAAUAUAAAAAGUAACGUAUCGUGUUUUUUUUUAUUUGGAUCUAUAGAUCAAUCCAUAAAUCCACCAAUCCAAUUUGAUUGAAUUUAAUUGGAUUAGAUUAGUAGAAUAUUUAACUGGAAGAUUGGAUUGGUAAAUUGGAUUAUAAAUUGCUAAUUGAAAG